AAGGAGACUCGAGCUUCUACUGCGAGCUGUGUGACAAACAGUAUGAGAGACACCAGCAGUACGACAACCCACAUCAACUCCUACGACCACCACCACAGGCAGCGUCUGAAGGAGCUGAAGCAGAGGGAGUUCUUCAGAUCUCUGGCCUGCAGGAGGACGAGGAAGAGGAGGGAGGAAAGGAGGGAGGAGAGGAGGGAGGAGAGGAGGGAGGAGGAGGAGAGGAGGCUUCACCAGCAUGAGGAGGCGAGGAGCGAGGAAUGUGCUCCAGGUUCUGGUCCCAUGUUCAGAUCCACCAUGGAACCAGGAAACCAGACCGGACCGGACUCUGUGCAGAACUGGAGCGACACAACACUGGGAACCAAGCCUCAAACCUCUCUGGUUCUCCCUCUGGACGCCGGAUGUUGGGCGUACGACCCGAUGGACGCCAACAGAACCACAACUUCUUCUGAAUCCUGCCUCACACAAAUGGACUACGAUAACAUGUCCGCCACAGAAAACACUUCCCCCAAAACCAGCCACUUUAACAAGAUCCCCUGGGCUCAUAACUAUUCAAGCAAGCCCUUUACUCCCAGUAACGUCCCAGCUAAUGGCUCCACGCCACAGAGGGCCCACACCACAGCAGAUAUCAGCAGCAACCCAAACAUCCAGAGCCGAAUGAGACCCGUUUCCUUCUCUCUGCCCAAAAGGAGCUGCUUCCUCCUCCACCAAUCAGCCGCCGUCUUCAUCCAAGGGUUGUCGGGGAAGCAGGAAGAAGGAGUGACGGUGCAAGAAAGAGUCAAAGGUCUGCAGGAGAAAGUCUCAGACCGGACGCUCAGAUCUCUCGUUUCUGCAGACGUGGAGAACCAGAACCUUAAUGUGAACCCUGAGCUGAGCGGAUUGGACGAUAAACCUGAUGUAUCUACCAAUGGAGACCAGGUUUCUUUAUGUAAUGGCAGUGAGAUCCCAUUAGAGGAACCUGUCGUCGGUGGGAAUGAAGCCCAGGUUUUGUUACGUAACGACAACGGGACUGGAGCUCGAGUCGGCAGUGAAAGUGGGAUUAAAACUCAUCUUUAUUUGAACAGUGGGACACCAGGACAGGUUUCUGUUGUGGCCAAACAUCCAGUGAACAAAACCCACGAUGAUUUGGACAAUCAAGACAUAGACUCUACUGAAGAUCAGGUUCUCCCUGCUCAGAAUCAGCCUCAAACAUCGGUUUUAAAUGACACUUUGAACCCCAAAGAGUCUAGUUUUCCGCCUCUGAAUCGCCCGAAAGAGCCGUUCUGUCGGGUCUUGAGUCGAGACGGUACCCGGGUUUUCCUCUGGCCGUCGGAGAUGCUCAGUUUCACGAAAACAUCGCCAUCUAUCUCCUUCAGCAUCAACCCGUUACUGUACGACUUCAGAGCGCACAACAGGGCCAGGGACGGGGGAGAAGGGAGGAAGAAACGAGGGUCGGAGGAAGGCAGGGAGGGAAUAAAACCAACUGUGAUCAAAGAGCACGAGAGGGAAGUGGUGGCGGGAGGAAGGGAGGUGAAGAUAGAUGAAAGGGGAGAGGAAGAUGAAGGGGGACAGGCGGGAAAUCCUCAGGAAGUUGUAGCCCAUUGUACAGAAGCAGGCAGCCGUGAUGAAAGCGCUUUAAAAUGUGUUUCUGCAGCGCUGGGCCUUCAGAAAACCGGAUUCAGAACGAGGAAGAGGAAGAGGAGAGGAGGGGUGAGGAAGAGAGGACGGAGGAAACGAGGGGAAGAGACAGAAAGGAGAAGAAAGAGGAGAAGAAGGUUAUUAAGCAGCAGUUCUGAGAUACUUGAAGGACGAGGAGAGGAGAGGUUGAAAAGAGAGGAAAAAGUGCCGUUAAGUAAUCUCUCGUUGGGAGGCAGGGUGAGGGAGGACGGGAGGAAGAAAGGUAGAGACGAUGAGAAGAGAGGAGGGCUAUUAAGCAACCUUCCCGUGAAUCGCUGUAAUCGCUGUGACCAGCUGCAGGUGAAGAGCAUCGAGCAUCAAUCCCAGCAAUCAGCCGGUAGAAAGCCUCUCUACAGGGGGGAGGCAUGUAACCCAGCGAUUAGCCCCGUCCCUGGGUCUGAAAGAGAGACUUCCUGCUGUCCUACAAUGCGGGAAAUGCAGGAAAUUACAGGCGAGCGAGCAGGGCAGCGGAAGAGUCUGAUAAGAGGCGAGAGAAACCCUGCGAUUAGAGGCAUUUCUGUGCAAGAAGCGACGGGAAUUUGUCUUGUUGAACCUCCAGGGGCAACAGCAUGUAACCCAGCGAUUAGCCUCUUCCCUGGGUCUGAAAAAGAGACGCCACGCUGCCCUGAAAUGGGGGAGAUGCACGAAACUACAUGUGAACAAGCAGGGCAGCGGAGGAAUCUGAUAAGAGGCGAGUUCAACCCAGUGAUUAUCGGCGCUUCUGAGGAAGAAGCGACGGGAAUUUGUCUUUCUGAACCUCCCGGGGAAACAGCAGGUGAUCCAGCGAUUAGCCUCGUCCCUUUUCCUGUUUCCUUUAGAAAAGCAGCGUGGCAUCAAAGACAAACAACACAGCAGACAGAAGCUCAGCGGAGCAAUGUGACCCUGCCUGGAAAGACAAUUUCAGAGGAAGGGAAGAAGAGGAAGAUGAUAGAGGAGGAGGAGGAGGAGGAGGAGGAAACAAAGAGGAAGAAGAGGAGGAGAGGAAGGAGGCAAGCGAGGAGGAAGGCAUGUUUUUUGAGACAGGAAAGAAGAGAGAGUAUUGGGUCGAACACUGACCUACACGAAGGCACGGGGAAACUGGACAUGGACAACUUCCCGUGUCACGAAACAGAGGACACAUUUAGCUGUGACACCGCUGACAAACUCAAUGACUGCGAAGACGAGGAAAUGAGGAAGAGAUGCACUGAUGGACCUUUCAGAGACUUUAACUUUCACAGUGACAGUCAGCGUGAAAACCAUGACGUUACUCGAGACAAUCCUAACGACAAACACAAUCAGAGCUUUGAGAAACACGAGGAUCCUUCUUUGAGUCCUGUGGACAAACUUCACUCAGCUAAUGACACACCUGGGGACUUAUUAGCACGUAACACCAAUCAUACUCCAGCUGAACGCCGUCAAUGUGAAAACAGGCAAACACCAAGUGAUAAAACAUCAGAUUUCUGUGAGCAAGCUUCAGAUCAGAGCUCAAACUCCACGAAUAACACAACUGAGGAUAAAGCCAAGCACUCUCAGACUGAAAGCACCCUCUGUGAUGCAGGGAUUGAUUAUAAAGCCUGCAGAGGUAUCGAUCAGACAUCAAACACACAUCGUGUCGCUGAUUGUAAUCACUGUGCUGGGGACUUAUUAGCAUGUAGCACCAAUGCUACUCAUGCAGACCAGCGUCGAUGUGAAACCAGGCGCACACAGAGUGGUGACACACCAGGUGUGUGCGAGCAGACUGCAGCUCAGAGCUCAGACGCCUCGGACAACAAAACGGAGGAGGAGGAAACUGAACCCUUUCAAAAUAAGAGCCUCCUGUCGGAUCCAGGAGUCGAUCAGAAGUCGAACAGAAAUCACGUUGCCGAUUGUAACCACUGUGCUGUUGUUGAUGUGAGGAAGAAGAGGAAGCAGGAGGAAGAGGAGGAGGAGGAGAGGAAGAAGGUGAAGGAGGCGUGGGAGAAGCAGUGGGUGAGGAGGAAGGAGAGGGAGAGGAGGAAGGAGUUAUUCUACUCUGAUAAGAGGCCUUGUUUCCUCCCUCCUCACUGCAUCUUCCUCCCUCCUUCCCUCUCUUCCUCUUCCUCCUUCUCUUUCCGACACACCAUCAUCCAGCAUCACCUUUCCUUGCUUCCUCCCCCCUCGCACCUCCACUCUUUCCCUCAUCUCCUCCCCUCUUUCUCCCCUCAUCUCACUCUUAAUCCACCUCCUCCUCCACCUCCUCCUCUUCAUCCCUCUUUUUACUCUUCGUCCCCCGUGUCUUUCCUGGAUUCCCCCGCUCACUUUCCGUUAAUGGAGGCAAGGUUUCAUCCCAUGCAGAAUCACCUCCCUCCUCUCUUUCCUCCCCCUGUCCUUCCUUUACAGGUGUUGUUCUAGAAAUACUCCAUUAGAGUAGGGGGUGUCAAACUCAAGACCUCGAGGACUUCCUUUGAUGUGGCCGAAAGAGAGCUUGACAAAAGUACACAUCCUUUACUCAAGAAGUACACACAUCCUUUACUCAAGAAGUACACACAUCCUUUACUCAAGAAGUACAUACAUCCUUUACUCAAGUAGAAGUACACACAUCCUUUACUCACACACA